UGAUUACCAAGCAGCUUCAGGUCAAACAGUCAAUUUGGAGAAGAGUAGCUUUAUUACUGGGAAAGGAGCUACUUACAGGAGUUCUGUAAUUCAUAAUAUCUUGGGGAUGAGGAAAUCUUCUCUUCCAUUGAAGUACUUAGGAACCAACCUGCACAAAGGAAGAAACAGAUUUCAGUAUUGUACACAGCUUAUCAAUCAUUUUGACUCCAAGCUCUCCUCUUGGAAACAGAAAAACCUCUCCCAAGGAGGAAGACUUGUUCUGAUUAGGUAUGUACUCAGCACCAUUCCUAAUCACAUUCUAGCUAUUGAUAAGCUUCCCAAAAAAGUCAUCUCUACUUUGGAGAAGAAAAUGGCAUCCUUUUUUUGGGGUUCAUUUCUAAAGAUCAUUGGAAAAGAUGGUCAAGACUGUGUUUUCCUACUGAUGAGGGUGGUCUAGGGAUUAGAAGUCUUGUUGAUGUUGAAAAAUCUUUUUCUCUAAAACUUUGGUGGAGAUGGAAAAGUCAUAAGUCACUCCGGUGUGAAUUUAUUAAAGAUAGGUAUCCUAGAGGGGAGGAUAUGAAUCAUAAAAUUGGUGACUCUAGUGUUUGGAGAAGAAUUUGUGAAGUUCAUGAUAGAACUGACCUCUGCUCAUAUAACACUGCAAAUAUUAUCCAAUGGGAUCCAGGUAUUGAUUCUUUGGUGGCUUGAAG